AGGCCACGCCCACGACGUAGGACGUGAUGCGUCGGGGCGGGGCCGCGCGCCGCUCUCGCGAGCGGUCGAGAAGGUCGAUCGAGUCGGAAAAUGGUGCCGGGCGAGCCUCUCAAUCGUUCCAACCUCGUUUGCUGGGUUAUGGUCCUGUUCCUCGCUCUGGGCAUGGAAGGGGCUCUGGCUCUACCCGAGGUGUGCACCCAGUGUCCGGGGAGCUUGCAAAAUUUGUCCAAAGUGGCCUUUUAUUGUAAAGAGUCACCGAACCUUACAGUGCAAGCCCGCUGCUGCACGAAUCAGAAGGGCACCAUCUUGGGGCUGGAUCUCCAGAACUGUUCUCUGAAGGAUCCUGGUCCAAGCUUUCCUCAGGCAUACACCGCUGUUAUCAUAGACCUUCAAACAAACCCCCUCAUGGGUGACUUGGGCAAGAUCUUCUGUGGCUUUACACAGCUCGAGACUCUGGUACUGCCACAAGCUGUCAACUGUCCUGGAGGUCAUAAUGCCUGGGAACAUGUGAGCUCUGAUAUAAACUACAAAAUCUGCCAAGGUCAAAAGAAUCAUUGCAAUAGCACUAGGGAACCAGAAAUGUGUCCUGAAAAUGGAUCUUGUCUACCUGAUGGUCCUGGUCUCUCAAAGUGUAUUUGUUCUGAUGGCUUCCACGGAUACAAGUGUACGCGCCAGGGCUCCUUCCCACUGCUUAUGUUCUUCGGGAUUCUGGGAUCCACCACUUUGUCCAUCUCCCUCCUGCUUUGGGGAACUCAACGCCGAAAGGCCAAGACUUCAUGAACCACACAAGGCUUCCUUUUGAUCUACGAUCGUCCUGAUCAGUUUUAGCCCAGCCAGGGAGAUUUGCUUCUUUGACCGGCAUCAUUGGCCAGUGACUCCUCCUCAAGGCGGAGGCUGCUUUGGAAGGAAGAUGAAAAAUUGUACCACCCUGGAAUGUUCUGGGCACUCAGGGUCACAAGUGGACUAGUGCAGUUUUCAUUUGUGCCGCUGACUACAAUAAACACGUCUUUUUUCUCUC